UGCAGCGGGUUCCUUACCCUUAGCAGUGGUUGGGCUUCAUUGCCUUCAGAAGGGCGGAGUCUUGGGUGCGUGCCGGAAGAUGGCGGCUUCCACGGGGCUUCUCCGGGUCUGUAGGCAGCGCCUGAGUUUGGGGGUCCCUCCUCAUAGGGCGUUCUGGGGAGGACAAAGGAAGAAGGAAGGUGACCUAGAAGCAGCUGUUCCAGUGAAAGAGGAGCCAGUUCUGGUUUGUCCUCCUCUACGAAGCAAAAAAUACCUUCCUCCUGAGGAUCUCCAGAGUCGCCUAGAGUCUCGCAUCAGAGAGAUCUUUGGCUCCUCGGUGUCCAAGGACUGGCAAAAGGCAUCACUGGGAGAGAGCAGUUUAAAGUUCCGCCUUUUGGCACAGCUGGCGGCAGAUCUAGGCCACACAGUUCCUAAUUCCCAGCUCCACCAAAUGAAGAGUGCCAGAGAUGUCUUCGCUUUCUACAGCACACCUGUGAAAGAUGUCUCAAAGUUUGAUGAGUUAAGCACACAGCAGCUGCCCCCAAACCUGAAAAUCAACUGGCGAUACUGAGCCACAGAGAACAAGGAUGAAAGUAUCAUUCUGAACUUUUAUCCAUAUAACAGCAUCAACAUAGAUUCAUAUAGGACUUGGAUUUUUCUAGAUUUCCAGAGUAGUUACUGCCUCCUUAUGAAUGCUCAAUAGUGAAGGGAAUGUUCAAGCAUAUUAUUUUUUCAAACUGGUCACUUUUGAAGUAAAUGUUGGCUACUGAAACAAAAGACGGGAAAUGAGGGAGCUUUGAUUUCUCUCCCCCUUUCCACUUUCUACCUUUGUCUACACUGCUACCUCUGCUUUUAUUUAAAGGAGUCUCUUGCGUUUAAAUACCAGUCACAUGUAAUGUAAUGUUAAGGUAACAUUUGGUCUAGUCAAAACCACAUAGUGUGCAUUAGUGCUAUUAAACACUGGACUCCUGUCUCUUUCAGUUGGCAA